AUGCCAGGGGCUUGCUCUGAUGUUGUUCAAGGAAAGGGCGCUGGGAAGAAAGGCACUAGAGCUGCAGCAUUGACUAAAAGAAAGGGCGUUCUUAAAAAGGGGGGAAAGGGCAAUAAGGAGGGCGACAAGAGCAGUGCAGCAGUGAAAGCGGGUGUGAAAGCAGGCAAGGGAGAGAAAGAGGGACAAGGUGCCAGCAGCGUUCAGACUGCCGCCACUGCUACAGCCGCCACUGCUACAGCCACCACAGCUACAGCCGCUGGCAGUGAGCAAUUUACUGUGCACGCCCCUCCCCCCAGCAUCGCCCGCAUCCAAUCGCUGAGCGACAGCUGGCGUGCCAGCCACGAGGAGAUGUUUUUCCAGCUGCUGUGCUCGCGGGGGGCAGCACUGCUGGGAGGGAUAGGGGGAGGGGCAGGGCUGGGGGGAGGGGCAGGGCUGGGGGGAGGUGCAGGGAUGGGGGGAGGUGCAGGGAGAGGGGGAGGGGGAGAUGCGGAAGCAGGGAGAGGGGAAGGAGCAGUCGAAGGGCUGCUGCCGUUGGGGGGAAGAGGGGUAGGGAAGAGGGGAGGGGCAGGCAUGGGGGGAGGGCCAAGGAUGGGGGGACCGAGAGGGAUGGGGGGAGGAGAUGGGGGGCUGCUGCCGCUGUUGGCAGGGGCUGGGAAAGGAGGAAAGGGAAGAGGGGAGGAGGACGGAGACACGGAGGACGAUACUGCAGCUGCUUCUAAGAAGAGAAUUGUCUCCAAAAACGGGACUGCCAUUAAAGGGGAUAUUGGGUCGCGAGCCCCGAUGGGUCUGGGGGGGCUUGGACUAGAAGGAGGAAGGGCUGGUGUGAGAAGAGGAGUGAGUGUGAUGGGAAGAGGAGUGAGUGUGAUGGGAAGAGGAGUGAGUGUGAUGGAGUGUAGCUGGGAGGAGGGUGAUCUUCUUGAGCUGACUCAAGAUUCACCUCGUCACAAUGGCACAACAACAAGGGUGCAACUGGAAUUAGUGGGUGUGACUGAGUGUGGUUGGGAGGAGGGGGGUGUGGAGGGGGGUGUGGAGGGUUGCUCUGAGUUGGGGGAGGAAAAAGACAAGCAGAAAUAUCUGGGAUUGCUAAGGAAUCUCUCAUCUGGGGAGGAGAAGGAGAGGCUGGCGUCGACACCGCCUCAGUCGAAGAGAGGGAAAGGGAAGGCUAAAAAGGUUCAAAGUUUUGUCUUCCAUGUUUCGGGUUUAGACACGGCUUUUGAGGAGCCUCUGAAGCCGCCUGAGGACAGGGUUUUCCUCUUCUCAGAUAUGGGUCUGGAAAAGGGUGAAGGGGAGGGGAGGAAGAUCAAUGGAGAGGAGGGGAAUGGAGAGGACGGGGAAGAAGAGGAGGGGAAAAGAGAGAAGGGGAAAGGAGAGGAGGGGAAAGAAGAGGAGGGGAACAGAGGGAAGGGGAAAGGAGAGGAGGGGAAAGGAGAGGAGGGGGAUGGAGAGGAGGGAACGACAGAAGGGUCUGUUUUCGUUGAAGAUCAAAGAAAUGUGGAGCAAGGAGGGUGCGCUGACCGUCCAAGCUUAGAAGUAGCUAAGAGAGGUGCAGGGGAAAGGGCAGAGGCAGGGGCAGAGGCAGGGGCAGAGGCAGGGGCAGAGGCAGCGGCAGUGGAAGGGGCAGGGGAAGGGGCAGGGGAAGGGGCAGGGGAAGGGGCAGGGGAAGGGGCAGGGGAAGGGGCAGGGGAAGGGGCAGGGGAAGAGGCGGUAGAAUUUGGGGCUGGGGAAAGAUCAUCAGAGGGGGUUAUUCAGAGUGGAGAAGCUGUGAGAGACUCAGCGGCAGGGGAUGGUGGUGAGGGGGAAGGAGCUGGGACCCUUGAUCCCUCCCUCUCUCCCCCUCUCUACAAAUCCAAUGUUGUAGGAAAUACGGAGAUUGGAGAGUCAGCUGCAGCAAAGGCUGGUCAGGAGGAAGGUGCGGGGAAGCUGCGCACGAGCAGUAGUGAAGUGAGAGCGUUGGCUGCGCUUGUAACAGAGUUGGCCUGUGGGCGGGGAGAGCAGCAGGGGGAGAGGCAGGUGCAGCAGCAAGGGGAGGUGAGUUCUGAGUCGACGCAAGUAUCACUGGUAACAGAGUUAGCCUGUGGGCGGGGAGAGCAGCAGGGGGAGAUGAGGGCGGGAGAGGGGAUAAGGGACACAGAUACUGUAGUGCAGGCCCAGCAGCACGAGGGGAUAAGGGAGGAGCAGCAAGAGGAGGUUCCUCCUCAGGUGCCGUUUCUGCCACCGCUCCAGGUGCCGCCUCAGGUGCCGUUUCAGGUGCCUGGUGACGUUCCUUGGCUGGCGCUCCAGGCACCUGGCCAGGUGCCUUUUGAGCUAUUCAACAAAACGCCUGUGGAGAUCCAAUCAAUGUGCCAAGGUGGAUCAAACAACCUGGAGUUUUGUGACCAGUAUGCUUUGCCUGAGACUCAAUGUGUGUCAGCAGCAGCGUCAGGAGAAGCAGACGGGGGUGGUUGGUCAGAAAACGAGGGGGCUGGGUCGCAGCAAACACUGGUUGAUGGGGAAAUCGAAGGUGAGGGUGACGGGGCAAGAGUAGGAGAGGAGGGUGGUGCUGGAGAAAUGGAGGGUAGCGGUUUGGAUGGGACAGAUGUGAUGGCGAAUGGGCUGGAAUGCCAUCAGCAGCAGCGAGGGGAAGGGCUAGCGAAGAAAAUAGCUAAGGGAAAGCAGACCACAGGAAAAGAGAAAGGUGCAAUGGCGGGUGCGGGGGGUGUCACCCUGGCGUUUCGUUGGUUGGAGGACGUGGCGUCCCCGUUAUUCUUCACCCUGAUACUAGCGUGGAUGCUGUACACCGUCAUGCACACUGUAUUCACGUUUAAAAAUAGCGAGAUGACUAUAACGAGGAAAACCGACGAGAAGGGAGAAGGAGAGGGGGAGGACGAGGAGGAGGAAGAGGAGGAGGAAUGGAAUCAGGUGGAGAUGCACGAGGCAGAAGAAGACAAACCGAGCGAGCUCGGAAACGACAACGCUUGUGACGCACAUGGUGACACUAGCGAUGAUGAUAUUGUCGAAGUGUCUCCUGCUACUCCUCCCGUCUCCAGAGGAAACCUAGACCCGUUGCAAGGAGACUCAUCUGUUGCUCCAGUCCCGUUAAAAGACACACUUAAUGACGCACUUAGUGACGCUUUACCCGGUGUCGCGGAAGCUUCCGCCAUUUCUCCCGUUCGCGUUCCCACUUCCUCAGCCACCCCUGCCUCCACGACUGCUACAGUCGCCACUGACACUUCCGCGGAACCUUCCGCCGCUUCCGCCCCGCCCGCCGCUUCCGCUCCGCCUCCCGCUUCCGCUUCUUCCGCCCCAUCCGCCGCUCCUAAGCCGUCCGCUCCGCGUGACCCGGACGAGGGCAGCGGGGGGGACGGCGAGAGCGACGACGACUGGGAGGGCAUAGAGGCGUCAGAGGCGGAGGAUCUAUUCUCGGCGGCGGCAGCUUUGGUGACGACGAUGGCGGCUACGGGGAAUUUAAAGAUUGGAGAGGGGCUGCAGCUGCUGCUGUAUGGUCUGUACAAGCAGGCGAGCGACGGGCCGUGCGACACCAAACAGCCUGCCGUGUACAGCUUCAAGGCGCGGGCCAAAUGGGACGCGUGGAAGAAGCUGGGGAGCAUGAGUCAGGACGAGGCAAUGGCGCAGUAUGUGGGGCUGGUGGAGCAGAUGAUUCCGAACCCAAAUGAGGACGAGGCGAUGGCGCAUCGCCUGCAUGCAUUGGCAAGUGCUGACGUGGAGGACACGUCAGCAGUGGAGGAAUGGAUAAAGGAGCACCCAGAGGCUCUGGAACAGAGAGACGACGAAGGCCGGACGGCGCUGCACUGGGCGGCAGACAGAGGCAAGCUAGGCAUGACUCGGUGCUUGCUGGCUCAUGGUGCUGAUGUCAGCCAAACUGACGAUGAGGGUCAGACUCCCCUGCACUACGCUACAGUGUGCGAGCACGAAUCAAUUGCCGACCUUCUGCUAGAGAAUGGAGCCGAUCCAUGCCGCCCGGACAAUGAGGGCACGCGCCCCAAGGACAUCCGCCCGGCCUCUUGCCGACGGGCUGGCAGCGCUGCAGGUGGCGUGGCGCGAGCUGGAGCCGUCGUGGGCCGUUGGAUCGGACUGCAGCAAGGCCUUGGGAUUGUCCGCACUGAAGAAGAGCCUGCAGCAGAUGUGAGUGAUGGUGUGGUGCGGUGUGCAGUGGUACGCUGUGGUGCUCUGUGCUGCUGUGCGGUGCUCUGUGUUGCUGUGCGGUGCUCUGUGUUGCUGUGCGCUUUCUCCGUGUG